CGAGGCAGAAAAGCUCUCUCUCUCUCUCCCUCCCUCCCCUCGCUGAGGCACGGCACGGCGCACUAUUUUAGGCCGCCACCAUCUCUCACAAAACGGAACGGGAGGUAUCUUAAGCUCCAAUUCAUUGGCGCGCUCGCGAGAGGGCGCACUGCACCUUGCUUAGAAACCACUUGAUCGCAGCCUCUCCUUGGCUGCUGCUCAGCUUCUCUCUCUCUCUCUCUCUCUCUCUCUCUCUCUCUCUCUCUCUCUCUCUCUCUCUCUCUCUCUCUCUCUCUCUCUCUCUCUCUCUCUCUCUCUCUCUCUCCCUCUCUCCUCACCGGAGCGUGCAGGCGGAUCUUGGUACGCACGCUUCCCCAUAUAUACCCCCCCCCCCGGUCAUACAUAGAGCGAACCACAGGCAGCCACCGAUUGGGGAGGAGCGCGCACCCGCCGAUCGCCAUUGCAAGUGGCAACGGCCACCGACGUUGCCCCGCCUUCUAAUUUGUCGCCGUCGUCGGAGUAGACAGAGAGGGGAGGAUCCGAGAAUGGGACGGCUCUCCUGCGGCGGCGGCGUGCAGCCCAAGCUCCGCAAGGGGCUCUGGUCGCCCGAGGAAGACGAGAAGCUGUACAAUCACAUCAUCCGCCACGGCGUCGGCUGCUGGAGCUCCGUCCCCAAGCUCGCAGGGCUGCAGCGCUGCGGCAAGAGCUGCCGCCUGCGGUGGAUCAACUACCUCCGCCCCGACCUGAAGCGCGGCAGCUUCUCGCAGCAGGAGGAGGACCUCAUCCUCGCGCUCCACGAGAUCCUCGGGAACAGGUGGUCGCAGAUCGCGUUGCACCUGCCGGGGCGGACGGACAACGAGAUCAAGAACUUCUGGAACAGCUGCCUCAAGAAGAAGCUCCGGCAGCGCGGCAUCGACCCGAGCACGCACAAGCCCAUCGCCGGCGCCGGCGCCGCGGAGGCGGGCGCGGCAUUGCCGGACGCCCGGGACCACGACCACAAGCCCGCCGCCGCCGCCGGGGACUCCGACGACGGCCUCGCCCAGAAGCAGCCGGCCGUGUUCGACCCGUUCCCGCUGGCCGACUUCGGCUUCGACCUGGGCGCGGCCGGCGUGGCGGCAUUGUACUGCGGCCCGUACGACGACGGCGUCGGCAAGGCGUCCCCGGACGCCGGCGGGUUCGUCGCCGACUACAGCAGCGUUCUGGACGUGUCGGAGAACCUGGGGUACGGGGAGAGCUCCAGCAACAGCAGCAACUGGACCUGCGCCGAGAUGAGCAGCGCGGUGCUCGACAGCGAGGUGCUGCACUGGGCCUCCGGCGGCGGCGGCGCCGCGAAGCCGGAGCCGUACACGGAGCUGGAGCGGCAGCAGCACAGCGGAGGCUACGGCGGCGGGGAGCAGGCGGUGGACGACGACGACACGCUGGAGCACAAGUUCUCGCUGCCCUGCGGCCAAGAGCAGAGCCUGGCGCAUUUCGACUUCACCUUGGAAUACUUCUGAUCUUUUCUCUCUCUCGUUUGCCCUUCAUUCACCUUUGCCUCCCUGAACUAUCGAUCCAUUCCCCAACGUUUUACACACAAGAGGAAGAAAGAAGCAUUGGAAGAUUAGGGAUUGCACUUAGUAGUAACCACUAUGUUAAUUUCCUCUAGCCCACACCACACUCCUUUUUUUUCCCCAUACCUUUUCUGUAUACCCUGCUUCUGCUUGGUCAGAAGAACAGACAGACAGUGAGUGGUAGAUACGAGAAUAUUGUGUACGUACUAUAAACAAAGAUUUUUUUUCCUGUAAAGAAUAAAUUAAUUAAACCUGCAGUUGUGUUGUGUACUACUA